AUGCCCAUUGUCAAUGAUGCUCUUCAACUAAGUUGGCUUUCGCGAGUUCGCAUGUGCAAACAAGGCAAGACCCUGAACCGUUAUCUACAAAGGUACGGUAAAGUGGAUGCACUACCCCGUCUUUUCUAUGAGGAAGUGUCAGCGAACGCGCUACUGUGUCCCUGGGCUUCGAGCACCGGAACGCAGGCCUAUAUUCACACUCACGGGCCCUCAGUCAAGGUCAGCUGA